CGUAGAAGGGAUUAGAAAGGGAGCGAGGACAACACCCGACUGGGGAAAGAGGGAUCGAUGAGAACAGCGCUGCCAAAGACGUCGCCCCCAUCAGGCCAGCGAUGCUGCUACCGGCGACAACACUGCGCAUGCGUGCGAUCUCACGGCACGAGAGUGGUUGCGAGACUGCAGCGAGAGUGCUGGUGCCACCUGAAGGUCUGUAGGACUGCAUGAAAAGUUUGCGACAGGACCGACAUAACAGGAUUAACAGCUUUUGUAUCCUGCGCCUCUUGUCGCUGAUGAGAUCCGACGACGUUGGUGGACGUGGGUCAAGGGUGUUGGCAUCUUCGCAACAUGUCUGUCGUGUAGCUUAAAUAAACAAUGUGCGGGAAAUAUAUUCUCAAACAUGUUGUCAACAGACUCUGAUGUGUAAUCUCACGGCGUGGAACUUGACCUGCAAGUAGCUCACAUUUCAAUUUAAUUUCUCAUGGUUUGGCAGUUUCUACAUGGUGCUGCUACAAGACGAAAUCCUAAGAGAGUAAUGGUAGACAGCCCCACACCUGACGAUUUCUGAAAACUCCAGCGGCCGUCAAAAUGGCGUCUGUUUUGGAGGACCUUCAGUAUACAAGGUUGGAUGACACUAGCAUGUCUUUUCAAAACAUGAACGUCUCCUCCCUGCUGGCGAUGAUUAACGACCUGUCGGCAGACGACCGGAGGGAGCUUCUAACCUCCCUCAACAUGGCUGAGGACGAGCUGAACCGCCUGAUGGGCAGUGCUCUGGCCACACCCCUGGACAACAUGGAGCAGAUCUUCAUGCAGUUCGCCGAGUACCGGGCACACAAACUGCUCCUGCUCUACACUCCUCCCAUUCUGCUGCUGCUCGGCACCUUCGGCAACAUCUUCUCCUUCCUCAUCCUGCGGGACAAGGCCAUGAUGCGGCAGUCCACGCAUCUCUUCCUUGCCGCGCUGGCCAUCGUCGACUCCCUCGUCCUUUACAUCGGUCUCUUUCGCCAUUGGCUUGGAGAACUGACGGGAUUCGAUCCCCGGGACCAGGCUGCGUGGCUGUGCAAGGUGAUCGUCAUGCUGGGCUACACCAGCAGCGAUGUCUCCGUCUGGCUCAUCGUCGCUGUCACGGUCGAGAGAUACAUUGUUGUCAACUACCCCCUGCAGGCUACUCAGAUGUGCGUGGUGACCAGAGCCAAGCGGAUUGUUGUCGGCGUGGUGGUCGUGUUCAUGGUCAUCAACUGCCACUUCUUCUGGACAGCGGGCAUCAAGUGGAAAAAGAACUCCCAUGGCGGCCUGUACAACCCCCGCUGUGACGGUACCGAGGGCCACGAGUUUCUCGUCUCCGUCGUCUGGCCCUGGGUUGAUGCUUUGCUCUACGGUUUUGGUCCUUUCCUCAUCAUCUGCGUCUUCAACGUCUUCAUCAUCGUCAAAGUCGUGAAGGCCAACAGCGGAAGGAUAAUUCUUCAGAACCGCUGUACAAUGGUCGGCGUGAAGAACGGGACACCCACUCAACAGAACCAUCAGCAGCCUUCCCACCAACCUCAGAACACCGACAUCAAAAGCGAGAUGAGCAACAGCAACCACACCAACCGUAGCUGCACCAGUUUCCGCGUGCCAGGUCACAACCUUCGCCGCAACACUAGCGAGACCAACACCCGCCUGACCAUCAUGCUCUUGUCGGUGUCCUUCACCUUCCUGCUGACCACUCUGCCCAUGAACAUAAGCCUCAUUGCGGCGCAUUUUUGGAACCGAGAGGCUGGGGACAUCCGCCGGAUGUCUCGUUUCCAGCUCGUGACCACGAUCGCUGAGCUACUGAUGUAUCUGAACCACUCCGUCAACUUCUUCCUGUACUGCGCCACGGGUCACAAGUUCCGCAGCGAGGUCAUCAGGAAAGUUUGCGGCAAACAGCGGCCCAGCACCAUCGUGUCCGACCAUUCGCAGCACAUCUUCUGCUCCCGGAUGUGCGUCAUUGGCAACGGAUACGUAGAGAUCCGAAAAAGUGCGGACGAGACCGAAAUAUGAUGAAGCUGAGCCAGACGAUAAGUACGACAAGGGAAGUGGAUAGUCAAGUGCUGAGAGCGCUGGCGUCCGAACUGAAGGUGCGCUGGUUCAAUUCCCGAUUAUCGCAGCAAACUUUUCCCAGUCAACCCAGCCACCGGAAAUAGGUACCUGACUCUACAGAGGGUUGGGAAGGUAAGGCAGCAAGGGAGAGGAGAUGGACACUGCCCUCAUGUAAAACUAAAAAAGUGAGAUGUCUUCUCUAACACCUCACGUGCAGAUGACCUGAAAAGGUUAGGGGAUGACCUUUACCUUUACCCUAUAAUGUUUUGAGCGUGUUGACGAUGCAGCGGUGGUGUGAUCAUGUUUACCACAACACAACUCGCUGCUAAACAUCGAGAGAAGUAUAUUCCACAAAGCAUAGACACCGCGACUUCAAAUAAUUAAUAUUUUCUGUCAACAUUUGUGUCAUUUAUUUUUAGUCGAAUCGUUGACACAUAUAACAAUCAGCAGGAUGCUCAUUAGAAACUGAGAAGAAGAAAGAAGGAAAGUGAUUUAUCGUUUACUGAAAGACUAUUACUACGAUAUUCCAGAGUCCUCACAGCAGUUUUUACCUCACCGGUAAUCAGCGACAUUUGACACUGAUGUGGCGCUGUAAACUUUGACAUAAACAUUGUCUGCCUAAUGAGAACGAAACGGUUCGUGGCCAGCAAAUGUCUCAGCGUGAGAAAAAGAGGUCUCAGGUGAGCUCAUCUAAAUGUCAUCGUCCGUAAUAACAUGGUUAUUAUCAUAUCCAGGACCAAUGUCACCCUCCACGACGAACUGAGUCUCAAGUCGCGCGGAACCGUUUUGUGCUCGAGGCCCCGAAAGGUGACAGGGGUCAGUUUUGUGCACUUUGAUUUUUCUUUCAAAA